GCGAAGAAGAAGAAGAAGAAGAAGAAGAAGAAGCGGAGAAGAGUGUCAGAAGAAAGGAAGGCUUCGGGGCUCGGAAUACGAUGCCGGCGUAGCUGCUAGGUUAUGCGUGUCCCGAUGUUUUAGCGCGCAUCGUCUCCACAAAGAUGCCUUCGUCGCCCAAGCGCAGGAAGGAGCGCGAGCGGCCAAGACGCCGUAAGCGUUCCAGGGACCGCAGCGAAAGAGAUCGAUCCGGAGGGCGGGACCGCAAACGCUCAUCUGAGCGGGAAAGAGACCGGGACCGUGAGCGAGAUCGGGGCCGGCGAAAGUCACGAUCCAGAUCAAGAUCGCGUUCGAGAUCGAGGUCGUACGAACCGAUGCCAUCGUCAUCGUCACGCCGUGCUCCACAGAUGAAGCCCAUGGUACCGGAAUCCGAACUCGAGGGCAAAACGCCCGAGGAGCAGGAGAUGCUUAAGACGAUGGGCUUCUGUGGCUUUGAUACGACGAAAGGCAAAAAGGUGGAGGGCAACGAUGUCGGCGAGGUGCACGUCAUACUCAAGCGCAAAUAUCGACAGUACAUGAACCGCAAAGGUGGAUUCAAUCGGCCGUUGGAUUUUGUUGCGUAGCGGCAUUGCAGAUAUACGGGGGAACGAUGGUGCGAAACACUUGCCAGCCAGUGUCAGCUCGUAGCCGCCAUCUUUUGCCUCUGGUGGAGCUGCUGGCACACGCGUUGUUGACAUGUGCCAUUCGAUCAUCAUCUAUCGGGUCUGCAGGUGCAGAUCUAACUGACUCAGGACCGCUCCCCCCCUCAAAUGGCACUCUAGUGGAUCUAGCCCAUUGACACUUUCUUUGCAAACUAUUCUUUAUCCGUGCUUUUGCCAUCAUCUUGUUACAGGCAAAGCUCGUCGUUUCUCCACCGUACGGGUCCGACUACUAAUCAUCUUCAUCAUUACAGUUUACGUUUUUCCUUUGCGUUUUUCAUUUCUUAACACUCUACGUUUAACCAUCAUGAUGGUAUAUUUAAAUGUCUCCCCACUCACUGCAAACAGCCUUGCGUGCCUGCGACCGUUCGCAAAUGGUUUUGGGUACGAGGUGCGACGCCUCCAUAACCGAACAAUAGUCAACCAACUAAUCACCUCACCUCACACAACACACAAACAAACUGCAACAACGGGUUCCAUAUUACUGCAAUAGUUAAUUUUCAUAUACACCAUAUACAAAAUUUACCACACCACUGCAAUAGCCAAAACGCUACAUCGUAUCACCGCGGGGAGUGACCCUCGGCCAAUGCGCUCCUCAAUGAGCUGAUUCCAAACAUACAGGCAUCACCACCCAGAUGUGCGACAGCAACUUGAGUCCGUUUGCACUGCUGUCCCCCCUCCCCUUACCGUUCUUUACCCUCCUUCCCGCAGCAUCACCCAACAGUACGUGAGAUUCGUAGUGCCUUUUCUAACAGUGAAAAGAUCGUGUGGAAAUGCAAGACUUUUUAUGCAUUGUGAAGAAACUGUUGGUGUAGUGUAAGCCAAAAGCAAAAGCAUGCAUUACUCUAGUACAGGGAUUAUAUAAAUUGGACAAAUUCUUCUACCCUUCCACAGUGCGUUUUGGAUGGAUCAUGCCAAGUUUCUGUCGCACAUCAACUGUUAUAAAUUAUCCGUUUAAUCCCCUCCGCCCCUGACUGCCACUCGUUGGCCGUGGGCUGGUUCCGUGCGUGUGAUCGCCAUGUAGCGUCCUUAAUAUACCUCACAAACAAAAAAACCACACCUACACUCACAUCAAACCACACAAAACAAUAGAUACAAAUACCAGCAAAUUUAAAUAUACCUCAUAACUGUAGCAUAUAAGCAUUAAAGAUAGGUUUACCGUGCUGUAUCGACACUUGAACAGGGCCUGUUCUCGUUUUUCUUUCCGUUUCUCACACUUUUGUAUCAUCAUUUAAGAAGAUAUAUUGUAACCGGUUCAAAUACAAACCAAUGAAAUAUGAAGAAGAAAUAAAGGAAAUAAUUUGUUUUGUUUUAAUAUA